UUGAAGUCGAGUGGCAGCUCACAGGGAAUCUGGGAUCUGCAAAGCUUCAAUUUGGAUUAAUUUGACGCCCUUCUUCUUUCCCCAACCUUUGUUUUCACCCAGCUCCCCCACCCCUGUCAAAAAAGGAACUCGAAACUACGCCUGUAGACAUGCCUCUGUCAGGGACCCCCGCCCCCAACAAGAGGAAAAAGUCAUCCAAGAUCAUUGUUGACCUGUCUCAGAUCACGCAAGAUAUCGAACAGGAUGAAGCAGACGCCGAGGUGGCAGAGUUUGACCUGGGGACGAAAAUCAAGGCCCCCAAGGACUUGAUGCUGGAGGAGCUGUCCCUGCUGAAGAACAGGGGCUCCAAGAUGUUCAAGAUGAGGCAGCAGAGGGUGGAGCGCUUCAUUUACGAGAACAACCCAGAGCUUCUGACCGAGUCCAUGGAGAACCUGCAGAACCUGGCACCCUCACUAGGUGGGCAAGUGAAUGAAGACAGCGCCCAGGAAGGCCAAGCCAAUGGCGAACAAAGCCCUGCUGAUGGCGCCAUCCAGAACAACGGGUCUGCCCUUGAGUCUGAGACCCAGGGCGAGGAUGGGUCAGGAAAGGCAGCAGGAGAAAAUGGAGAGGAAGGAGGUCAGGAUGGUGGGGACGGUGUGAAUGGUGUAGAUGGUGGUGCCACGGAAAAGGAGAAGGAGGUGGAGGUGGAGGAGAAAGAGGAGAAGGAGGAGAAGAAGGUUGAGUACGUGAAAACGUACAUAUCUCCAUGGGAACGCGCCAUGAAGGGUGAUUCGGAGCUGACUGCCACCAUGAAGGUGGAGAUGCCUGGGCCCUGUGUAUACACAGAUCCACCCAGCUUCAAGAGCUUCAACAGGAUGGCCAUACCGUUUGGCGGUUUCGAGAGAGCCUCCCAGCUCACGACCUUCCAAAUGCCGGAGAUCGACCUAACACCCGAAGAGCCGGAGCCACCAUUGGUGUUUCACCGAGACAUCAGCUCCAGGCCGUCCUUCAACCGCACACCCAUCGGCUGGAUCUGUACCGGGGAGCACACCGACAUCACCAUCGAGCAAUUGGAUGGCAUCCCCUUUGACGGAGAGACCGAUGACCUCUGAAGGGCACGUCCCACACACGUGCGCAUGCGCGCACAUACACACACACACACACACACACACACAGACUCAUAUGCAUGUAGACAACUGUUGUGAACACAAGUUGUGAAGGACAGGGUGACUCACCAACCACUGUUCUGGAAAAGGAAAAGUUUAUAUCCAACACCUUGUCUCUCACACACAUGCCCACCCACACACACACAUACAGACCGCAAUCACCCUGACUGACUGGAAACUAUGAACACACUCCUGUUGGAUCAAAACUACAUCUGCUCUACCUCCACACAGUUCCCGAUUAACUCUGACCUCUCCCUCUUACCUCUUACCAAGUGGCAUUCGUGCAUGUCUUUCCGUAGAUGAAUAAUGACUCUUCCAAAUUUCUCAGGUUACAAAACAGCAAGACACAAAUGUUGUUUUCAUAAGAGUAAAGUCAUUUUGACCAUAUAGCUUCAUACACCACUCUUUUGCGCCUUCGUUAGAACUGAGAUGGAGUGACAGACAACAUCCCCUAGGUUGUUUUGUUUGCUUGGCUUUCUUUGUGUGCUGCACUUUUAGAAGUGGAUCUUGCUGGGAUCUUUUUUGAGUGAUCUGGCCCAUAUCAGCUUGGUCUGGUUGGCAGAACUAGUUCCAUGUCAUGAAUUAUCAUCAUAUUUCUUUGGGCACAAUCAUUUGACAAUGAUGAUGAUGUUGAUAAUGAUUAUGAAGGUGAUGACAAAGAUGGUGAUGGUUGUGAUAGCUGUGAUGGUACCAAUAGUGCUAAUGAUGAUGGUGAUGAUGAUUACAAUGAUGAUAAUGAUGAGGUAAUACUGUUCAGACUUGGCUGUUUCCUUUUUAAU